UUGUUGUUAUGAUUUCAUCGCUAAAAAUAGAUCGUUGUAAAACUUGUAAAAAACAGGAAAAUAAAAAUGUCUAAAAGUUAUAAAACUUAAUCAAAUUCUAUAACUAAUAAAAUUCGUGCAAUUUGAACCUAAGUGAAAUUCUUCGCGUCGAACUAAGGGUAAGUUCCUUGUUUAUAAUACGAAUUGGUCAGCGCCCAGUACACCGGACGAAAGUAUGAGCACACGACCAAGCCCUGCCCCGUUCAAGCGCUCAAUCGACGGCCUUUUUAAUGCGUGGCUAGUCCUCCGGAACCAAGGCCACGAAAAGCCCCUUCGAAAUGCUCUCUACAACGUGAUGAUGGUUGCCGUCGUGGGGGUGGUCAUCGGAGUAACCCUCGUGCUAGCCCCGUUCUUCAAACCGCUGCUCUGGGCGUUCCUGUUCGGAGCCGUUCUGUUCCCGGCCAAAAAGCGUUUAUCCGAAGCCCUCAAUGGCUGGAUCGAACGGAUCGAAAAAGACGAAAGGUAUCUGGUUCUAGGGGUGCUCGGGGCCCCCGUACAGGGGAUCGAUUCGUUAGGCGAGUUUCUGACCGAGUGGCUGCUGGGCCACCUCAAGAUCAUCGGAAUCGGAUUCGGUGGGCUGAUUUCGCUGCGGUUGCUGGUCUGGGUGGCCCCAACCGAAGUGUUCCUAUCGCUAUGGAAUUUUCUGGUUUGGAAACAUUCCUUGUUUCGGACGAUGCUCAGCUCGCUGACACUGCAGAUGUUGAUGAUCAUCAUCGUCCUAUAUGUGGCUAGCGUCUAUAUGCUUUGGAAACCGGAGCUAUCAACGCCGUUCCUCAUUAUCGGUCAGCUCUUAUGGGUACUGAUCGUUGGAUAUGGAUGUAGCUUUUUGGGUGCCUUACAAGUACCCGUAUUCUUAGCAAUACUGACUUACGGAGCAAUCGGUCUCGUUUACAAUUUACGGAAGGACGAGAAAAAUACUCGAUUUAUUGACAAGUGGCACAGUCUGCUGGAUGUAACUAGCUAUCGUUUGGAUGACAGCAAAAUCGAACAUGCCCCGGAUGGCUCAAGAAUCGAAGAGAUUAAAUCGAAAAUGCAGCUGGAUGUUAGUUCUACCCCUCAGCUGUCCAGUACCUUAAAUGACACCCGAAAUGCCACUAUCAACAGUACGAUGGAUCGAACUCACGAAUCUCUGGAAAGUGACUUGUACUUUAGAAUACUCUUUUAUGCUUGCGGAGCAGCUCUCAUUUGGAUGCACACGUGGAUUUUAUUCCUGGGCGUUAUUCCGAUAUUCCUCCACGUUGUCAAGCGCAUAGCCGAGUACUUGGGCGUGGUGCACUGCGUUACGCAAAAACUGAACGACUACUGGGAAUUGUUGAAGCUCUGGCUUUUUCCCCGCCAUUCGGCGUUGUUGCCAUUGUGCCUGCCCGGGAUUCUGAGGCUCAACACUAACGUCCAUCGAUACGCUUGCGCCAAAAUUCGGUCCUACAUCGACGACAUAAGCUCGAUCGUUAUGAUUGGGUUCCUCAGCGUGCUGGUCAUGCUGGUUAGUGUGUUCGCCUUUGCGCAAAUCUAUUCGGAGACAAUCGCCGUUGCGCAGCUCGGAAGUAACUUGGUCAACCGAACGCUCACUCACCGACCGGAGUUGAUCGAAAUGCUUCCCAUUGACAUGCAAUCAAUGGACAAUAUUAUCGACAACGCUUACAAGUAUGGUCGUUCCCACAUUGAACAGUAUGUGGACGAUAUCUUCAACGAUACGGAUCCAACGCAGGCCAAAAAGCUCAAGUGCCAAAUUUUGAGUGUAUGGGAUCGGUUGAUACAGAGCUGGAUGGACCGCAACAAUGGCGAUGGUUUGGUCGGACCCCGAGUCAGUAGCCAAUCAAUUCGGAUGACCAUCGACGAAAUCUUCAUAAAUCCAAUCACCAAGGCAGGCAUCAUUGGAUUUGUCAAAAGCAACAUCGGUAUGUUGCUGGAGGUUGCCGAUUCGUUGUGGAUCCUGCUGCGUACGAAUCUCACCCUCUUAGUCUCCGCAAUCGGUACGCUCGUCUCAGUGAUUCUGGGCGGAGGUCAUGCCGUCCUAAAAUUUUUAUUCCAUACAAUAAUUUUCUUUACCACACUCUACUAUUUGCUGCAGAGCAGCCAGGAACGGUACGCACCCACGGCAAUCACCAUCAACAACUCGUGGGGCCCACGAAUCAUACAAGCGCUAGAAGAUUCCAUUUCCAGUGUCGUAGUCGCGACCUUAAAGCUGGCCCUAUUCCACGGUCUCUUCACGUGGCUCACGCACACGAUCGUCGGCGCCCACAUCGUCUACCUGCCGGCAGUGCUGGCUUCGAUUCUAGCCGCGGCACCGUUUCUGGAAAGCUACUGGUGCAGUGUGCCGGCAUUUCUGGACCUGUGGCUAUCACAGGAUCGCUUCUGGCUGGGUGGGCUUCUCGUGCUGGUGCACUUCAUCGUUCCGUCGAAUUUCAAUCCCAUCAUACACUCGGAAAUCAAGGGAGGCGGCCACCCGUAUUUGACGGGACUGUCGAUUGCCGGUGGAAUGUACCUGUUCGGAUUAGAGGGUGCUUUGCUUGGUCCCCUGUUACUCUGUCUAAUGGUUGUGCUGUUUAAAGUUACCAUGAGUGCAAUCCGGGAUUCACCAGUUACUCCUCAAACAAGGAAAUCCAGUUUAGAUACGAAUAAUGAGCUUUACUCGCCUGCAACGACUUUAUCAAAAGAGUGGCAAGCAUUUGUCCGUGGGGAACACCAACUAUCGUUUCGGAUACCCCGAAAUGGUGGAAGCACCCGGAUUAACGCUGAUGACGGAGUAUCAGUCGACGGGACCCCAACCGACGACGACGACAACGGCGGCGGCGUCGCCUGCUCCGGGAGCAGCACCUCGUCCUACUUAGAGGGUUCACAUGGACCGGAGGAUAGUUUCAUUAUAUAAUUUCCUGCUUACUAGAAGAGAAGAUACGUGCCUGAUUCGAAGGUGAUUAUUUUAAUUAGGUCUAAUAUUUCCGAUACGAGCCAAAGCGUAUGAAGAUUUUAAAUUCUUGAAUGUUUAUGUUUUUGAUAGAUGGAUAUAUUUUUAUGAAUCAUUAGACGGCGAAGAUGCUUCUUUAAUAAGAGUUCACAUGCUUGAUCUACAAAAAUGAAUGUGAUACAAUUUUGUUUUAAAAUAAAUAAAAACUUUAAACUCCUCA